UUCAAACAUGUUUUAUAAACAUUGAAUUUUUCUCUUUUUGAAUUAUUCUAUUUUCGAUUGCCAAUACGAUGUCAAUCAUUUAAUAGUAUAAUCAUUGUUGAUAAGAUUAUGUAGCAUUUUUACAGUCUGUUAACUUUCGUCGCCAUUAUAUUUAUGUUACGUGUGCUGUGAUUUUACAUAUAUUAAAAGUUACAAAAUUAUGGUGUAUUCUUGAAAAACGUUACCUAAAUGGUAGUCGAUAAUAAGCCGAUAAAUUUGUGUAAUACGAUUUUAUUUUAUUAGCUACGUGUCAAUUAUAAUUGGUAAUAUUGAAAACAAUUAUUCAAUGAUUAAACUAAGCGAUUGCACUUAUUGAAUUUUAACACUUUAAUAAGAUUUUAUUAAGAUUUUCGUUUCAUGUAAUCAGCACGCGGAUUUUACGUGUCACUCUAUUUGAAGAUUUUUUUUUAUGUAAUUUGUGCAAAAGGGAAUGCUAUGCUCAAAAAAUUGUGGUUAAAAAUUUUUCGAGUUCGUAUUGCAAGUGGUGUCUUUCGAAAAUGACUGACUUUUCUUAUUCUUCUACUUUUAUGAGGGUAAUCAAUAAUGUGUUAACUUUUGUAAAAUGUAUUGCUAGAACCAGUUUUGUGAUAAUUAACAACAUUUAUUGUAUACCAACAUAUGUAGUAUGGAUGACAUUAUUAUUCCCUGUAAAAGUUUAUCAACCACAAGUAUAUUGGAGAAUCGAAGGAUUAUUUUUUCAUUGGCUAUUAGCAAUGGUAUCAAUGUGGACUUGGUCUGCAGGUUAUGAUAUAAUAGAACAAGGUGAUGAUAUACAACAAAUUAUUAGUGAAAGAACAUUAGUAAUAGCAAAUCAUCAAAGUACUGGUGAUGUUCCUAUCCUAAUGACAACAUUUAAUGCUAAACCCAAUGUAUUACCUAAUUUGAUGUGGAUUAUGGAUAGAAUUUUUAAAUUUACUAACUUUGGCAUAGUUUCUGUUUUACAUCAAGACUUCUUUAUAAUAUCUGGUCGUAAAAAAAGAGAAGAAAGUUUAAAACAAUUAGAAAAACAUCUGAAAGAAUCAUAUAUUCCAUUAGACAGAAAGUGGAUGGUGCUUUUCCCAGAAGGAGGUUUCUUAUGUAAAAGACGAGAGACAUCACAAAAAUAUGCUAAAAAAAAUAAUUUACCAAUUCUUGAGAAUGUAACAUUACCACGUGUAGGAGCAAUGCAAACUAUAUUUGAUACAAUUGGUCCAUCACAGAAAUAUGAUACAACAGAACAACAAUUGAAUAAUAGACCAAAUAUGAUGGUAGCUAAACCAGAAAUUAAUUGGAUUCUUGAUAUAACAAUAGCAUAUCCUCAAGGUAAACCUCUUGAUUUACCAACAAUUAUAACUGGUUCACGUCCACCAUGUGAAACAGUAUUAUUUUAUCGAGUUUUUCCUAGUUCAGUGGAAUUUUGUAUUGCGUUAUUGAUUUUAGGUUCCACGGGAACCAGAAUUAUUAUCUAAAUGGUUAUAUAAUAGAUGGGUCGAAAAAGAAGCACUUUUGGAAAAUUUUUACAAAUAUGGAACAUUUCUUGGCACAAAAGCGCCUGCCAACGAAGGUUCUAAGAUCCAUCAGGAUCCUUUGAGAUUCCUAGUCCUUCAUUUAUUUUUUAUAACAUCUAGUUAUAUACAUUACAAUAUGUUUGCGUAUGUAUUAUCUUGCUUCUGGUAAAGCAUUUUAUGCUAAACAAGAAAUUACGUUCAAACAUAAGUAAAAUUAUAAUGUAGUAAAGUAAAAAUAUUCCUGCCUCAAAUAUUAUUCUUGAUGUUGACUAACAAAACUAACGAACGUAUGGAUUGUAACAUAAUGAUUGUAUGAAUGUUUAUAAUCCAAGAAUGUCACGAAAAGUGAAUUGCAAGUAUUAA